AUGGAAGAAAAGCUCCAGGCGCAUCAGGUGGAGAUCGACCCGGAUUUCCAGCCGCAGAGCCGGCCCCGGUCCUGCACUUGGCCUCUCCCCCACCCCGACUUCGCGGCGGAGGAGGAGGAUGGGGGCGCGGCGGGAGGACCCCCGGCGCUGCCGGCACCCGGGGGGGACGGAGCCGAGAACGCGGCAGCCCCGGCGGAGCGCAGAGCCAGCGCUGCUGCCUCCCUGCCGCCCCCCGGAGCGGACCUCGGGCAGCUCCGCAAGGCCAAGACUUCCCGGAGGAACGCCUGGGGGAACCUCUCCUACGCCGACCUCAUCACCAAAGCCAUCGAGAGCUCGCCGGAGAAGCGCCUCACCCUCUCGCAGAUCUACGACUGGAUGGUGCGAUACGUCCCCUACUUUAAGGAUAAAGGAGACAGCAACAGCUCCGCCGGCUGGAAGAAUUCCAUCCGGCACAACCUCUCCCUGCACACCCGCUUCAUCCGCGUGCAGAACGAGGGCACGGGCAAGAGCUCCUGGUGGAUGCUGAACCCCGAGGGCGGCAAGACGGGGAAGACGCCGCGCCGGCGGGCGGUCUCGAUGGACAACAACAGUAAGUUCCUGCGCAUCAAGGGGAAGGCCAGCAAGAAGAAGCAGCUGCAGGUGACGCAGGAGCACGGGGGGGACAGCCCCUCUUCCCAGCAAGCCAAGUGGUCCGAGAGCCCCGCGUCCCACGCCAGCGACGAGUACGACGCCUGGGCCGACUUCAGGACGCGGGCCAACUCCACGGCCAGCACCCUGAGCGGGCGCCUCUCGCCCAUCAUGUCCAACCACGAGCCCGACGAGCUGGAGGAGGACGACGGGACGCCCUCCUCUCCGCUGAUGUACCCCAGUCCCUCCAGCACCAUGUCUCCUUCCCUCAACGCCCGCUGCUCUGUGGAGCUGCCCCGGCUGACCGACCUGACGGGCACCAUCAGCCUGAACGUGAGCCUCGGGGAGAGCAUGCUGGAGGACCUGCAGGACAGCUACCCCAUGAACCCCUCGCAGCAGCUCCCUCCGGCUGCCCUGCGGCAGAGGAGCUCCAGCUUCACCUUCAACUCCAAGUGCUCCACCAUGGGGGCUGCCACCAACACCUACUGCGGGACCAUCUACAGCCAGCCGGCCAUGAGCCUCAUGCGCCGCUUGCCCAUGCAGACCAUCCAGGAGAACAAGCAAGCCACCUUCUCUCCCAUCAGCUCCUACAGGAACGCCUCGCUGCAGGACCUGCUCUCCUCCAUCUCCUACUCGCACAAGGAGAGCAUGGUUCCGGGGGACCUGCCCCUGCCCCAGGCCAGCCCCAUGGUGCCGGCCCGCGGCCACAGACACAACCCGCUGCUGUGCGGGAGUGGGGAGCAGGGUUUGCCCUCCUACCCGUCCCACUCGGGCUCUCUGAUGAAGAGCAACACGUUGUACCACCCGUCACCAGCCGGCCACCACCCUGGGGUCAACACCAGUGCCUUAGCUAAUCCUGUCAGCCUUAUGAGCUUGCCCAGUGACACGUGCAGCAUGACAGCCGUGCCGCACCACGGGCACCUGCAUUCCUACGCUAAUAACCAAGGGGCACACAUGAGCUUGCUGGAUUCGCUGCAGGGCCCCUACCCGGGGGCUGUCCACCCCCCUGUGUUGGGCCAAGACAGGUUCCCAGCAGACCUGGACCUGGACAUGUUCAACGGGAGCCUGGAGUGCGACGUGGAGUCCAUCAUCCUGAAUGACUUUAUGGACAGUGAUGAGAUGGACUUCAACUUCGACUCGGCCCUCCCGCCGCAGAAUGGGCUCAACGUGCCCGCCCUGCCUGGGGGUCCACAGCCCACGAACCAGAGCUGGGUGCCCGGGUGACGCCCACCCCAGGGUGGGGGGGCUCGCCACUGAGAAGCCACGAGGGGAACAUUGAAACUAACUUUUUGGUUUUGUUGUUUUGUUUUGUUUUUUUUUUUCCUUUCUCUUCUGCCUUUUCUUUUUUGUUAAGAUGGGCUCGGUCAGAGCUUGAGGGCGAACAUGAAACACAAACCGUAGGGUCAAAUAUUGCCAUGGGGUCGGGUCCCCAGUACCCACACGUGCCCGAUCUGCUGGUCCUCCUGUGAGCAUCCUCUGAGGAUGCAGGGCAGGCAGGCUGGAGAGGCAGCUGAAGCCACGCGGGUCCAGAGGGGGAGCAGGAAGGGAAAGCCUUUCCAGAUGGUCCCAGUGCCCUGCUGUGAUGGUGCUGGUUUGAUGGAGCGGUGACGGCUGGUGGCAUGGGAACCCCCUGCAUGGGCAUCUUCCUUGGAAAGGGGCACUUUUCUCUCAGCCACCUUGAGUGCUCUGAGUAGAAGUGUCAGGAGUGGGGACCCUGCCCAAAGCCGAGAGGGGAGGCUCAUCACCCCAAAAUCCUAGUGGAGAUCUGAGCUCUGCCAAGCCCAUGCACCCCGACCACCUUCGCUGCGGGUCCCUUGGGUGGCUCCAGGCAGGUUUUCUCACCGAGCAGCAAGGAGAGGGGUUGGUGAUGGAGGGAAGGGUGGCAAUCAGCAGCCGUGGGGACAGCACCUCAGCAGUCCCCAUGCCCACCGGUGGCUGGGGGUGCCACGGUCAUGCCUGCCCAUGGGAAAGCUGAAGAGUCCUGUCUGGAGCAGGAGUGGGCACAGUCCUGCUGGGGUGCACAGCCCUGCCCAGGGUGGUCCUGCUGGAAGGACCUGCUGCUGGCCUGGGUCCUCUCUGCUGGGGGCUCAGGGGGAGAUCACAGGGGUGGGGAGGGG